AUGGGCAGGCGCUUCCCAGCCGCCGCCCUAGCCGCCGCUGUCCGCCCCUACGCCCGCUUCUCCCCCGCCGCUAGCAAGGCAGCGAAGACCCCGACCGCUCCGCUGGAUACUCCCAGGAACGCCGGUCCCGGCGCCGCCGCCGGGGCCAGCUCUGGACGGGCCGAGGUGCGGGAUGUGGCGGCGGCAUGCGGGAUGCAGGAGGACGACCGGGUGCCGCUCGCGGAGGUGGUUUUGGACUGCACGAAGCGGUGGUUCCAGGACACGCUCAAGGAGGCGCGCGCCGGCGACGCCGCCAUGCAGGUCCUCGUCGGUCAGAUGUACCGCAGCGGCUACGGCGUCAACAAGAACGAGCACAAGUCUAGAAUUUGGAUGGAGAAAGCAUCAAGAUAUCGGUCUACAGUCUGGAAAGUUUGCAAUAAACGCCCAGGGUACAAUGCUAGUGACUCAGAUUCAGAUGAUGUUAAGGAAACAGGCAAAUAA